AUGGCUGCCCAUCGUGCGAACGUUCAGGACAUUGACGUUGAGGACAUGGAUGGUGUAAAUACAGACAAGUUAUUCGAAGCACUGGAAGUAGAAUUUGAGGACAUAGUGGAUCAAAAGUCGUCCAACGAUACUGAAUGUCUCAUUCGUUUGGACGAUGGCAAUAUGGAUCACGCAAAGAAAUUUGUCUUCGGAAAUCGAAACUACCUGCAAGAUCCACGCGACGACAAUGUGGGCCAUUUCGAAUGGAUUAAGAACCUGUCGCGCCUCGUGAGCUCGCAACUCAGCAAACAUAAGAAUAAAAAAUUUUUCUGUGAUCGAAAAAUUAAUGAUUGUGCCAUCAGACUGCCGAGCGAGGACGACAAAUGGCUAGAAUUCGACAACCACUGCAAUAAGGAGCGCAUUCCAUUCGUCGUCUACGCCGACCUGGUGUGCGUUCUACAGAAGACGGAGCCCGACAAGGAAGAUGCGUCGUACACAUAUCAGCGGCACAAGGUAUGCAGUGUGGGCUACUACGUGCGUUGCUCAUACGACAACUCGUUGUCAUCGUAUCACUUCCGUCGCGACGAAAACUGUAUAUCAUGGUUCGCGCGAUAA